GCACGCGCACUGGCCGUGCCCGCUGUGGUGGCGGUGCGAUGCGGGCGGUGCGAUGCAGGCGGUGCGGCGGCUGCACGAUGCGGCCGUGGUGCUGCUGCUGUGCGGGAGGGUCCGCUCGGCCCGGCCCGACGCCUCGGAGGUGCUGAGCCAACACCUGCGGCAACGCGGCCUGCCCCAUUGGACGUCGUACUGCGUCAAGUACAGCGCGGUGCGCAACGACCAGUUCGGCCUGUCGAACUUUAACUGGCUGGUGGACGGCGCCAACUACCACAUCCUGCGCACCGGCUGCUUCCCGUUCGUCAAGUACCACUGCUCCAGGGCCGCCCCGCAGGACCUGGCGCUGCACAACGCCGCCUUCACCGCGCUCAAGGUGCUCAACGCCGGCAUCCCAACCUUACUGUAUGGAAUUGGCUCCUGGUUCUUUGUCAGUGUCACAGAGACUGUUCACACCAGUCACGGCCCGGUUACUAUUUAUUUUCUAAAUAAAGAAGAUGAAGGUGCGAUGUACUGAGAUGGUGCCCUCAAGUACUGUCGGUUGGUGGGUUUCCACGUUACAGCUGCUGCAGGCGUCUGCUCCGGCUGCCUAGAGAGAACUGAAGGCGGCUCUGUGUCUUUAUACGGUGCAUUAUUUCCCUUAACACUGUGUCCUCAGGAAGCUUCAUGGAAUUUUUUGGUCGUAGGCUUGUUUUUGGAGAGGAUAGUAAAGCUGACAAAGUAGAAGCUUUAGGAGAAGAACUGGUAUCUGUGAGGGAGUUAGAAUUUACUUAAGUCAGUGACUGGAGCUGUUGAAGAAGCGUCUGAUCAUUUAAAAAGGUAAAUAUACCAAUGUGAGCAGGGAAGCUGUGAAUCCAUGAGACUUCUCAGGCUGCCUCUGAAAAUACUGAGCUGCUUAAAUCUCACCUGGGCGAUGGUUUGAAAUGUCUGAGUGGUUACAGUUGGGAGAGGGCCGGAAUGAGUCCGUGGCACUGGCUGCUCACACUGCCAGGAGGCUUUUUGGAAAGGUACCUUGACAAGGUUUUAAGAAAUGGCUUUGGUACCACGUUUCUUUGAGUGCUGCUUAAAUAAACUAUCUCAAAUAUGA